GGAAACCACCGGAAUCCUUCUCCAGUAAGGGAAAUUAAUUGAUUUUUCCCUUGGCAGAAACGUCUGGGAGAGAUGGUGAUGUUUCUUAAGGGCAUGGGCCCUUUCUUGCUGCUCUUCAUCCUGGGGCUAUGGCUGGUUCCACCUUCUUUGACACAAGAAAAUGCCAGGGAGAAACACUUCUUGACUCAGCACUAUGACUCCAAACCAAAGGGCCGGGAUGACAAGUACUGUACAAAGAUCAUGAGACAGAGAGGUUUGACCCAGCCCUGCAAGGAAGUGAAUACCUUCAUCCAUGGUGAUUACCCCAGCAUCAAGGCUGUCUGUGGAGAUAAAGCUGGGAAUCCCUAUGAAGGGGGAAGGCUUAGGAUAAGCAAGUCACCAUUUCAGGUCACUACCUGUAAGCAUCGAGGAGGGUCUACAAAACCUCCCUGCAAGUACAGGGCCACUCCUGACCUUAGAUAUAUCAUCAUUGCCUGUGAGAAUGAUUUACCUGUCCACCUUGACCAGACCAUCAUUGCAAAAUAAUUUACAUAAGAAGUUUGGCAACCUGAGGCAUGGGUGUCCCAAGUGGUAUUUAGGUGGAUAAUAACGCUAUAUACUAUGAUUAUGUCCCUUAUACCAGCCUUCCCACCCCUUCUCUAAUUAGUUGUAUUUUUUCUUCAUGUACUUCUCUUUUCAUGCCCUCAACAUCUUAGACUUGGGAUACUGACAAGUUCCUUUGGCAAAGUUGCCAACACCUGAUCUAUAUGUACAUAGUAAGAUUGUUGGGUUUUGCUAGUUCUGCUUUCAUUACAAGGAGUUGGAACUCUAUGCCUCUUCCUUAAUGUAUACCCCUCAAUUCAGGAAUGGUUGUAACACUUAUUCUGAAUCUCUUAACAGAUUAAUUGAUCAUUUUCUUCUGUUUUGUCCUUUGGGCAUUUUCAAUAAAUAAAAUAUCAUUGAA